AUGUGGACUUUCACAGUCUUCUCGUCUCUUCUUCUCAUUUCUUCUUCCAUUGCUCAACCAUUUUUCCUUCCACCACCACCAUGCUUCGGAAUCGGAUGUGCUCCACCACCACCAUCGUUCGUGAUCGCCGGACCACCACCACCACCUCCAUGUGUUGGAAUCGCCUGUGGUCCACCACCAUGUUUUGAUUGCCCACCACCAGCACCGAUCUUCGUUGCUCCACCACCACCACCAUGCCUCAACUUCCCAUGCCCACCACCACCAUGUGUCGGAGUCGCAUGUGCUCCACCACCACCAAUCGUGAUUGCUGCUCCACCACCACCACCACCAUGUCUUUCAUUCCCAUGCCCACCACCACCAUGUGUUGGAAUCGCCUGUCCACCACCACCACAAAUCAUCUUCAAUGCUCCAUCUCCAUGCUUCGGACCAGCUUGCCCACCACCAUGCUUCGGACCAGCUUGUGCUCCACCACCAGUCUUCAUUCCACCACCACCACCAGCUCCAAUCCUCUUCGGAUCUGUCUCCUGCUGCGCUCCAAACAACUACUCAUGCUGUGGAUCUCUUUUCCGUAAGCGUCUCUUCAGCAAACGUUCCCAAGAGGAAACCACCACUGCUGCUCCAACUGAGGAACCAAAAGAAAACUAA